AUGCUUCGGUCAUCCCUCGCAAAUCGAGCUCUUGUGGCUCAUAGCGUUGGUAUCAGAUCGCUCGCUUCCAACUCACGUACUCAGUUUCAGCAAGUUCCCCCACUUUCCAACCAGGAGCGUAUUGAGUCACCUUCUAAGUUAGCCCAAGAAUCACAUUUGCCCAAAGUACUCCCAGAGAUCAAGGGCAAAGUUCGUCAGCCUAAGCAUAAGCAGCCUUUCUUGUCCGACAACAAGAUCGAAAAUGACCCUUCUUACAAAAUGUCCAACUGGAAACAGAAUAUAGGCCAGUGGUUGGUGAAGACCUUCAAUAUAGACAUGGACAGAUCGAGAGCAGGUCCCGUGGCAGGGUCUUACUAUUUUGGUGAGUGCAAGCGUCAGGGCAUGUAUUAUCCUAAUGAGCCCCUCUCCGACACCGCCAAAUUCUUCUAUGAGACUUUGGGUCUACCUAAAAGUUUCGCUCAGCAUUUUCAGAUUACUGCUUUGCAUUACUGGAUAUUAGCCGUGAGAAUGAGAGCCAUGCCAUUUAAGUAUGGAAGAAACUACCAACAGAAACUUGUGGACAGAAUCUUCAGAGAUAUGGAGCUCAGAAUGGCCAACGAAUUGAACAUUGCAUCCAACAAAAUCAUUGAGCGCUACUUGAAGGACUUUCACAAACAGUUGAUUGGGCUCACAGUCUCUUACGAUGAAGGUCUCAUGACGGAUGAUAUCACAUUGGCAGCUGCUCUUUGGAGAAACGUAUUCGCCGGCAACCCAGACGCAGACAUGAGACACAUUGAGGCACUUGUCGGAUACGUGAGAUCUCAGCUCUAUGUGCUCAACAAAAUGAGCGAUCGUGAAUUUGGUUUUGGGAAAUUUACAUUCGUUCCUCCAGACCAGGUUGUAAAACCCUUGACAAAGCACCAGGAGGCUAAGUUAAGAGAGGCAGCCAAAGCUGAAUUUGCUGACAAAACCCUCCCCUCUCAGAAGAGUGUUCUUUCCUUAGAUGAGUAA